AGUAGGUAAAGAGAAAGAGGGCAACGAAGAAACUGGUAAGCAAGUGCAAUUUUGGGGUGCCCGUUUCAUCGGAAGGUCUGAAAACAGCUUGAGAGACGAGGAAUUCCAUUCUUCUUCGUAUAAAUGGCUUAUGCACGUAGCCUCUCUACCAGAGCUACCAUUAUUGCUCGAAGAUGCCAACCAUCUUUUGCUUACAUUCUCCAUGACGAUAAUCGUAAACAUCAGUCUCCUGUUGAGUCUCAGUCUCAACUAAGAGACAAUGGUUUUUCCCAGCAUAGGUUUUUUGGAAGUGGGUUUUACAAUUCAACUGGGAUAGGUGUAUUUUUCCAAGAGGGAAGAUGUUCACAGUUUUCCCUUUUGCCGAGGAAUGGUUACUCAUCUUGCCGGUAUAUGUCCACUACUGUUGGUGAUGGGUCAGAUAAGGUUGAGCUGAUGAGUGAUGUUGUUGAGGUUCUUAAGGAUACUACUGUUGAUGUGGUGACUUCACAGGCCCCUGUAGUGAAUGAGGUUGCUCUUGCUGCAGCUGAUUCUUAUUUACCCGUUGCAGCCUUGCAGCAUUUUGUUGAUGUGGUUCAUUCCUUUACUGGCUUCAACUGGUGGGCUUCCAUAGUUGUAACCACCCUUCUGAUUCGAGGGGCAACCCUUCCACUUCUAAUUAAUCAGAUGAAAUCAACUGCAAAACUGACGCUCAUGAGGCCACGCUUGGAAGAGCUCAAACAGCAAAUGGGCAUGGAUCCUGAGGGUAUGCUUGAAGGUCAAAAAGAAAUGAAAAAGCUUUUCAAGGAAUAUGGUGUGACUCCAUGGACCCCAAUGAAAGGGCUCUUUAUUCAAGGGCCCAUCUUUAUCAGUUUUUUCCUUGCUAUAUCAAACAUGGUAGAAAAAGUUCCUUCAUUUAAAGAUGGUGGUGCAUAUUGGUUUACAGAUCUUACAACUCCAGACAGUUUGUAUAUAUUUCCAAUUUUGACAGGACUGAGUUUCUUGAUAACAGUAGAGUGCAACAUGCAAGAAGGUAUGGAAGGAAAUUCUGUAGCUGGCACCAUGAAAAAUGUUUCUAGGGUCCUUGCUGUUCUCACAGUUCCAUUUACCAGUACUUUCCCAAAGGCUAUAUUCUGUUAUUGGAUCACAUCAAAUUUGUUUUCCCUCACCUAUGGACUAGUGCUUAAAGUUCCAGGAGUGAAGAAGGCUUUAGGUGUUCCAGACAUACCUGUGCCACCACCUCAAACACAAUCGCAGCCUUCUUUCAAUCUUUUCUCAGCAAUCAAACAAGCCAAGACUGCAGCCCAUAAGCUAACCUCAUUACCCGUAGAAUCACCAAAAGUGUCAAGCCAAAAGUCACCUUCUUCUUCAGUUGUCAAUCAGAAACUUAGAAGUUUGGAGAAACAAGUAAAAGGUAGGAAGAAGAACAAAAAGAGGUGAGGAAGUUACCCAUACGGAAGUGUUAUAAAUCAGGUCAAGAAAACUAUGUCUCCUUGUUGACUGUAAUUCAUAUUUUCAUACAAUUUUUGUUGGGCUCAGGAUUAGGGCCGCGCAGAGGGCUUUAAAAUUUAGGGUGGAAGAUUGAUUAACUAAUAAGGUUAAAAUAAAUUUUGCUUGAAUUUGGUAAAAGGGCAAUUUAGUUGAUUAUGCCUGCCUGGCUAUUACGUGAUACUUGCAGGCUUCCAAAGGUUUGUACAUGUUUGCCAUCAAAAAGAUUAUG